AUGGAGGUGGUGUGGGUGAAGGAGGAGCUCCCGUGGGAGAACGCGGUGGAGCCCGAGGGCUCCCCGGGACGCGCAGAGCCUCCAGCCCCGCAUGGUCGGGCGAAGCCCGACGUUCAGCGCGCUUCGCGCGCUCUAACGUACAGGGCGCCUGCGGCGCCCUGCACACUAACAGGUCGGGCGAAGCCCGACAUUCAGCGCGCUUCGCGCGCUCUUAAAUGCAGGGCGCCCGCGGCGCCCUUCACACUAAAAAUGCAGGGCGCCCGCGACGCCCUUCACACUAGCAGGUCGGGCGAAGCCCGACAUUCAGCGCGCUUCGCGCGCUCUUACAUGCAGGGCGCCCGCGGCGCCCUUCACACUAGCAGGUCGGGCGAAGCCCGACAUUCAGCGCGCUUCGCGCGCUCUUACAUGCAGGGCGCCUGCGGCGCCCUUCACACUAACAGGUCGGAUGGUGUUACUGAGGCUCCACCUCCGGAGUGUGACAUUGUGGGAGUCAAGCAGGAGCCUGUAUGGGAGGACGGCUCGAGCGCACCCGGCGAGACCAAGUGUGGUGAGCAGCCACAUGACGAGGUGGAUGAGGAACACGUUCGAGUCAAGAUUGAGGUGGAGUGCGUUAAACAGGAGUCCGAGGGGGAGGGGGCGGGGGCGGGGGGCGGGAGCGGGACAGCGAGCGAGUGCGAGAGAGAGACUGCGAAGGACGUGACACAAACACCGCAAGAGUCUGGCCAGCCACAAGAUCAACCGACCAAUCACGUCCAAGUCAGCCGCGGGCCCAACUCGUGCGAGAUCUGCGGCAAGGAGUUCAAGCAAUCCUACAACAUCAAGGCUCACAUGAGAAUACACAGCGGCGACAAACCCUACGCCUGCGAUAUGUGCGACAAACGAUUCAUGACGCCGCGUGACCUGAAGACACACGAACGGACGCACACUGGGGAAAAACCCUACAUGUGCAAGAUCUGUAAAAAAGUGUUCUCACAAUUGGGUAAUUUAAAGACACACGAGCGGACACACACGGGCGACAAACCACACUCCUGUAAAAUAUGUAACAAAGAAUUUGCGGAGACGGGCAGUUUAAAAAAACACGAGCGUAUUCACACUGGUGAAAAGCCGUAUUCGUGCGAAAUAUGUAAAAGAGAGUUCCGGUUAUCAAGUAUGUUACAUAAACAUAAACGUGUUCACAUGGAAGAAAAACCAUACGCCUGUGGAAUUUGUAGCAAGCAGUUUGUGCUACAGGGAGAUCUACAAAUACAUGUACGUAUACACACGGGUGAAAGACCCUACGUGUGCGGAAUAUGCGAAAAGGAGUUUACACGACCGAAUACUUUGAAGCGACAUGAACGAAUUCACACCGGAGAAAAACUGUACCGCUGUGAAGUUUGUAAAAAAGAGUUCACUAGUUUCAGUGAUUUAAAAAAGCACCAGCGAAUACACACUGGUGAAAAGCCGUACUCGUGUGAAAUCUGUAAAAAAGAGUUUACGGGCUCAAGCAGUUAUCACAGGCACAAACUGGUUCACUCAGGGGAGAAGCCUUAUUCGUGUGAUAUUUGUCAUAAGGAGUUCCGGCAAUCGAGCAGCUUGAAGGAUCAUUUACGAAUCCACACUGGUGAGAAGCCUUACGUGUGUGCGUUAUGUGACAAACACUUUAGGGAACUGAGCGGUUUAAGAAGGCAUGAACGGACUCACGCGAGGUAAACAUGGCGGACAGUUAAUAAAAUGUACUUUUGACAAAUGACGAAGGUUUGAACGACGCAUCAUUUGUAAUUAGCUUGUCUGUAACUAUCUGUUUACGAUGAUGAGUUACAA